AUCCAGGCUGAUGUCAGUGUCUGCCUCGGACGCUUUGACAGGACUAAAGGAAAAAGUUUAGCAAGAGGAGAAGGAAUUAAAAAAAGAAACAAUACAAACAGAUUCUUUCAUUUGAAGCAAAGUCUUAAUGUUUCAUCCUAGCUGACAGUGUUUUGGACUCGUCUCCUGCUGCGCCAUCUGGAUUUCUUGCGGGAUCCUGAGCAUGGUUGCAUCCAAAAACUGCUGAGACUUCCUCCAAAAAAAUGCAACCAGGCAGUCCAAGCAUACCUCCACCUCCUCCUCCUCCCCCUCCCCCUCCUCCACCACCUCCACCUCCACCAGCUCCUGGCCUUCCUCCACCCCUGCAUGGCUUCAGUUCAAAGCUGGGGCGCCGCAGCUCCAGAAUGCGUAAUUUCAACUGGGAAACCCUCCCCAAACACAGUGUGAUUGGAAAGCACAACAUCUGGACAGUGGACAAGCCUGACGGAGAGUACGAGCUGGACACUGACCGCAUGGAGGAGUUGUUCAGCCACAAGCAGCAGCAGCAGCAGCAGCAGCUCAAGACGGCCCACCGCCAGAGCGUGAGGGGCCUGCCGGCCGCCGCCGCAGGGGGGGAACUGAUUUCCAUCCUCAGCUCCAAGAGGAGUAUGAACAUAGGAAUUUUCCUGAAGCAGUUCAAGCGGCCGCUAGAAGACAUGAUAGAAGACAUUAAAUUGGGAGAAAGUCGCCACUUCGGUUGUGGAAAACUUCAAGAGAUGUGCAAGCUGCUGCCAGAAGAAGGAGAGGUGAAGCAGCUUGUACGUUUUAAAGGCGACCGCUCGGGUCUUCCGGAGGCGGAUCUCUUCAUGCUCAUGCUGGUCCAGAUUGCCUGCUAUGAGGAGCGUCUGAGCUGCUUGGUGCUGAAAGAGGAAUUUUUCCCCCUCAUGAGUGAAAUGAAAGAACUAAUCAAAACGCUGACAACUGCUGGACGAGAGCUGCUGGAGUCUGAUCAUCUUCAUUCUGUCAUUCGUUUAGUACUGAAAACUGGGAAUUAUAUGAAUGCUGGGGGUUAUGCAGGCAGCGCGAUCGGCUUCCGGAUGUCGUCUCUGCUGAAGCUCGCCGACACUAAAGCCAACAAACCUGGAAUGAAUCUCAUGCAUUACGUUGUGAUGCAAGCCCAGAAGGUCGAUAUGGCUCUACUUAAAUUUUCAGAACAACUCCAACACGUUGAAGCCGGAGCGAGAAUAAACAAAGAAGACAUUCAAGCCGAUUUUAAAAGACAAAUGCAAAAAGUAGAAAAUGCCAAAGCAGACACCUUAAAGCUCCAUGACCUGAAGGCACAGAUGGAGGAUUUUCUAAAGGAAGCUGAGGUCUGCUUGUCAGAAACAGAGACUGAGCUUGAAGAAUUGCAGUCGGUCAGUGACUUGGUGGCGGAGUACUUCUGCGAGGACCCUCAGAAGUUCAGGCUUGAUGAGUGCUGCUCCAUUUUUAAAUCUUUUUGUGAGAGAUUCAUGAAAGCCAUGCAGGAAAACAGAGCUCGAGAGGUGGCCGAAGUCAAACGCCGGCAAAGAGACAGACUGCAGAACGCAGCCAAGCGCAGGUCGACAGCGACGUGCUCCAGCAGAGACAAGGAGAUGGACGGGAUUGCAUUGGAGUCCAUCCUACAGAGGUUCCUCACCAAACGCAACUCCAGGACGAGAUCUGGGAGAUCCUCCUCGACUCAUGGAAGCCCGAGGAACAGCAGUCCCAAUCGUAGAAGCCCCAACGUUGGCAGCCUGUCAGAAAUUACCUCCAAUAAAGACCCUUCUCCUGAGAAUCAAAAGGGCGGAGAAACUUUAAGCGCUAAAGAAAGAGGAAGAAAAGAGUGGAAUUCAGCAUUUGAGCUCACACAAAAUGAAGCUCAGACAAAUAGAGACAACAGUGAUGACAGCAAGGAAGACAGAGUUAUUCCACAAGGAGAGAUGAAACCUUCCAACAUCAAAGACUCAGAAGGAUUUACACGCCCAGACAAAACUACCAGUGACGUUACCUCAACACUGAGACCUUUGCCAUCCAUCACUGAUGACGGUCAGGAAGAUCUGCAGGAUAAUACUGAAGAGGAGGCUCAGAAGCUGCGUGAGGUUUCUAAAAAAGUCUUGCAUUAUCAGAAAAGCCGUGGCAGUACGUCAUCUGGAGAGCACUCAGUGGAAAGUCUCAAGUCUCCUGGUCCGACUGCGCGUUUGCCUCGUCAACACACGUUUGACGAAGCUACAAGAAGGUCCAUCGAAGAUCAGAAUAAUGACGAUCUGUUCCGAAUCGUACUCGACCCCCAGGCGUCUGCCAAACGCAACCUCGGCCGUCGCAAUACUCUGCCUUCGAAAAUCCCCAAAACUGAGGGAGAGGAAGAUAACAUGUGGGCUCCACUUGCAGUGAAGUCUUCAAAACCUGCAACGCCAGAAAAAAGAAACUUAUCAGGAGAAGCAGCUCGACCCUCUCCCACAAAAUCAGCUUUUAACUUCACUGACCUCCAGGACCAGAAGUCCCCCUCCUCUCAACGGAAAAGCAACCCGUCCCUUUCUUCAGACCAACCGGAGGACGGCUGUUUGGAGAUUAACCAUCCAGACAAAUCAAUAGAGACCACGGAGAAACAUCUGCUGAUGAACAGUGAGAAUAUUCCCCCGCGGAGCACGUGGUUUAAGACUGAGAGCCAGGGAAUGUUUUUUAACCUUUUCAAACGCUUUGGAGAUAUGAACAAGCAGCAAAACAGUAAGGACACAGUCCAAAAAGGCACAGGGACGGGUGUGUGAGCACCAACACACACCAAAUCCAUUAAACUGUUGUGUUACCUGCAGUUAACGCAUACAAGAUACUUUCUGAUGGGCUGUCGUGGUGACGAUAUAGUGUUAUUUUUUUUAUUUAAUUGUCGCACAGUGAUGUAGUCCCCGGUUCAGUGCCGAGCUUGGGGCCUUUCAGUGUUUGCAUGUUCUUUCAUGCAUGCAAGGGUUUUCUCCAGUUUAUCGACAGCUAUUUUUCUGUGUACCUCUGGCACAAGUCCCAAACCGGGAUAAACAGUGACGGUAGCAUCAGGAAGGGGAUCCGGUAUCAAACGUGUGCCAAAACAAACACGCGGAUCAGAGACGUGACGCUCGUUCGGGAUCAGUCGAGGAUGACUGGCAGAAGCGUGAAAGGUUUUCUAGUCAUCAGGUAGAGACACGGGAGGAUCUAAAAGACCGGAGGCUGAGUCAGAGAGGGCUGACGUGAAGAUGGGCGAGUCAGAUGGAGGAGAUUAAAAACUGACAGAUCAGAGAAACAGAAGAGUUGGGUCAGGGAUGGAGGGUCAGCGAUGAAGCUGAGGAGGUUGACAUGGUCCGGACAGUUGCUAGAUAGAGGAUAUAUUGGAUGAAGGAUGUUGAGAAGAGGAAGAUCUCAGAGGAGAUUCAUGGAUGGAGUGAAGAAAAGACAUUGUGAUUGGAUGAGAUGGAGGAACCAUUCAGAAGAUGAAGAGGUCGAGGAGGUCGACUCUGUCUUCCUCCCACUGGAUGUCAGUCCAGUUGGUGACUAAUUGGCUCCAGGUUAUUUUGAACCUAAGAUGGGUAAAGAAAGUGUAUAAGAUGGAUCAAUGGAUGGAUGAUAAUGAGUUGUAGCAUGAAAGUGGCCUUUUGAAAAGGUCAAAAUGUGUCUUGGUUUAAACAAGAGGGGUUUUAUUGCAUGUUGUACCAGUAUAUGGCCACUAGAUGGAGGAAUAUAACAGUAUGAUGGAAAGAGAGGUGUUGUGGAUUUUCAGGAAAUCUUUGUGUCCAUUUUUUUUAAUAUGCAAACUCACUAACAUGUUUGUAUUUUUUAAUAGCAUUUCACAUUGGUAAAUAUAUGAUAAAUUACAUAAAACAGUUUGUAAAAGUACUGAUAAAGUGUCUCAAAUGGAAAGAAAAGAGUUUUCAAACAAACAAAGCAAAAUAUUUUGUUGUUUAUUUUUAUGCUAGUCCUUAUAAAGUCUCAUUAUUUUUUUUUAUAGACUUUUAUAUUUACAUUCUGAGUGCUUCUUAAUCUUGUCGUCACUGAAGUAUGUCAGAAAUGUAGAGGAGAGCAGCUGCUUUCUGGGUCUUCCUCAAUUCAACCAUUGUUUCAAUGGUAAAUGGGUCAAUGUUACAAAGCGGCCUGUAUCUGAGAGAAGCCGGACCACGCACGCCGCUUUACAGCAAAGUCAAGGGUGUUGAUCCCAAAUUAACUUGAGACGAGAUUACUGCGGUGGCAGAGCCAACACCUGGUGUCGAGGAUAGAAAGUGCCAGCCUGCAGGAAGCCCACAUACAAUCCCGACACCUCCACCAGACAUAAGCAGCAGGUCAGCCAGCCCUCAGUGUGUAGGAGUUCAUUUUGUCUGUUCAACUUCUGCUUUACAUAAGCAGCUGAUACUACCGUCGCUGUUUUUCGGAACUAUUUCAGGCUGAGUGUGACUAUAAAGUGAAGAAAAUGCUGCUCCAACUGGAGUAAACUGAACACUUUUUUUUUAAAACAUGUUUUAGAAUAAAGUAUUUAUAAGACUGAAAUGCUAUUGAAGGUGAAAAUUCUGUUCUUUGUGACUGCAUCAGUCAUCAUCUGAGUUUACUUAUUGAGGAUGCUCAUAUAAUAAAGAAAUAAUGAAUAAUG